AUGGAGUUUCCUCGUUUCUCCCUAGAAGACAUCCUCAUUUCGCGGUCAGCCAUUCAGAAGUACCUGGAGCCCGGAGGGAUGUGGAACACGAAUCGUCACGAUACGAAUCGGUCUGACUUGAGCUAUGAGUUCAGGUUCGUUUGCAGCAAAGACUACUACGGUCCCAAGUGCGACACAUUGUGCAAACCGCGGAACGACACAUUCGGGCAUUUCACUUGCUCGCCUGAAGGCAAGCGCAUUUGCAACCAUGGCUGGACCGGUGAAUAUUGCACUCAAGGUUACCGCGAGGAAGGAAAUAAACUGUAG